CAUUUCUGAGAUCAGGAAGAGGGAUAAUGUUCUUUGUUCUUUCAAAGGAAUUUAUUGUGAAGAAAUGAUUGCAUAGAGAUCAGUUUGUUACUUCUGAUUGUGCUUGAAGAUAGGGUUAAAUAGGACCGUUUGAUGGUAUGUUUUGUGCAUAUUAACGAUGUAUGAUUGCAGUUGUUAGCAAAAGAAAUAAGUUCAGUAACCUUACAUCUAGAAACAAAUGGGAGAAAAGCAAGGUAGUAAAGGUAAGUAGGUAGUCAGUUGAGUCUUUUUAGCUUACCAGAAAUGAGGCUUGCAAUGCUGAUAGUCAUGUUCAUUGUAGCAUUGGGUACACAACUCUCAUUUACUGUGGGAGAAGCCCCUGGAUCUCAAUUCCCAUGUACACUUUGUGGGGCGGCUUCAGGCACAUCAUUGAUUCAAGUCACACCCAAGAUUAUUAAUCAAGUUGGUUUAUGAACAGGUCUGUAAGGGAAUAAGAUGAUUUUAAUAGUCUUAGAUAUUUUAGGGUGGCACAUACAAUAAGCAUUGGGCUGUUAGCCACAAGGUGCACAGUUCAUACCCAGCAUCUGUUCUAUAGUCUAGAGAUGAGACCGUGUGCUCUGAUAAUGGUUUAUAGUGACAGAAGCUCCAAAGAUCAGUUGUGUUCGGUCUUAUGAGGCUGCUGUGAGUCAGAAUUGACUGGAGUCCAGUGACUGGGUAUCUUCAUGAGGCAAAAAUGUGGACGAUCCAGGCGGUGCACACAGUGAGACUCAACUACUGCUUUUUGAAAGGUGGGUAAUUCAAAUCCACACAGAGGAGACUUGGAAGGUAAGCCUGGCCCUCGGGUACUGAGAGAUCACAGACAGGAAAACUUUUGGAGCACUUCUGUGCUCACAUCUUAAAUUCCAAUUAACUGCAUGAGAGUUCACACCAGCAACAAGGUGGGUGAAAUGAUGUUCUGGGCAAUACAUCUGCGAUCAUUCUGAAGGUGGCCUUGCCUUCUAAAACCACCUCCUAUACCGAAUGAGUGGAGGACUGUGACAGGAUCAUGUAACAUGCAUAUGGUGUCACUCGUAGGUUAUCUUUGUAGAAGUCAUGGUGACUAGGAGUGGCCCACUUCAAAUUUCCAAAUGUCUCCAAGUCCUAGGCCUGGGGGAGUGGAACACAAGUGGGACUUGGGACCUAGGGAGACAGAGGCUUAUUUCUUCAUGACUCAUCUGGUGUGCGCUUCAGAGACUAUUUCAGCAAAGGCAUUGAGCUGUAGUCUUGAUCUCUUUGGCUCAGCUCUUAGAAACUGAUCCGGGAUAUGAACAUAGAACCUCAGCUGGAGGGGCCUACAGGCAUAAUACAGUUUGGCAGGUGGGGAAAAACAAAAACAACUUGUCAGCCAAAGGAUUUGAAGGUUUCCAGAUUGGACAUGAGUCAAGGUCAAAACCCCAGAGCCGUCAGCCUCCAUGAAUGACGGGAGCAGAGGGAGUGAGCGGACAGGAUUGCUGCAGAAGAAACCCGGGUGUAGAGCGCGCACAACAACUGCAGCCCUCUCUCCCCCUCCCCCCUGUAGGUCCCGGAUGCUUGGCAAACAAGGGGCUUUAGGAACGAGGGUGUUAAGAAGUCACCCAGGCAACAGAAUUCCGUCUGGAAAGGAAAUCCAUUCCCAGUGGUCCCGACAUCAAGUUUAAAGUUGCCACUGGCCUUCAUCCAGGCCGUCCCAUUACUCGGUCUAUUCUGUCCCCUAAGAGCAGACCUUUGAAAAGGUUUUAUCUUCAAAGAGAAGAAACAGUGUGGAAACCAUGAAGAAACGGACGCAGAGAUAUAAGGGAAAAGGUUUGUCUUCUAAGUCUACUCAAUGGCUCCCAGAAGAGACGGAGAAGGUCAAAAUCCUGGAACCUGUGACGUUGGAGGACGUCACCAUUGUCUUCACAAAGGCAGAAUGGAGGAGACUGAGCUCUGAGCAGAAGGAUCUGUACAAGGAGGUGAUGCUGGAGAUUUACGGGAAUCUGCUUUCCUUGGAUUUCUCGUCUACGUCUACUGACUGGCCCCCAGAGGAGGAGAAGCCCCACAUCAUGGAACCUGUGACGUUGGAGGACGUCACGAUCAUCUUCACAGAGGCAGAGUGGACGGGACUGAGCUCUGAGCAGAGGGAUCUGUACAAGGAGGUGAUGCUGGAGAUUUACGGGAAUCUGCUCUCACUGGCAGAAACACAGCAAGAAAACUCCUCCUAUUCCUCCCGCCUCUUACAUAUCCCUUGUCAGCAAGUCCUCAGCCAACAUCUGCUUCAGGUGUCCCAAGGCUCUUGUGAUCAACAUGUGAGUUUCUGGAGCGAAACCACUGAGAGUCAGGAGAGAGCCAUCACCCCUAAAGGCUUGCGUGUGAGGACAGUGGACAGAGGGACUUCAAUGGAAUCCUUCAGUCCUACCCAGGACAUAAGUCCUAGAGACGGACACCCAGGGGCAGGUCUGGAGCCGGGCUCAUUCCUAAGAUUGUCAUCUAUGCGAACAGAUGGAGUCUUAAAGGAAUUGGAAACCUCAAUGUUUGGAGCGGUCAACCGUAGCGAGAAUGGACCAGACUGUGCCCACAGGACCAGUGGAAACACAAGACAGAGCUCCGGUCUUCAUGAGGAGCCGCACGUGUGCCAGGAGUGUGGACGAGCAUUUAUUUACAAGGCAUAUCUCAUCCAACACCAGAGGAUACACUCUGAGGAAAAGCCUCACGUGUGCAGAGAGUGUGGGCGAGCCUUUCUCUGGAAGUCAAGUUUCCUUAGACACCAAAAGAGACACACGGGAGAAAAGCCACAUGUGUGUCAGGAGUGUGGGCGGGCCUUUAGAGAGAAUGCGGAUCUCACCAGACACCAAAAAGUACACUCAAGUGAAAAGCCAUAUGUGUGCCAGGAGUGUGGGCGAGCUUUUAGCAGGGAGUCGGAUCUCCUCCUCCACCAGAGGACACACUCUGGGGAGAAGCCACACGUGUGCGAGGAGUGCGGGCGAGCCUAUAAAUGGAAGUCAGAACUCAUUAGACACCAGAAAACACACACCGGGGAAAAGCCACACGUGUGUGAGGAGUGUGGGCGAGCCUUUCUUUGGAAGUCAAAACUCAUUAGACACCAGAAAACACACACCGGGGAAAAGGCACACGUGUUCAAAGAGUGUGGGCAAGCGUUUCUUUUUAAAUCAGAGGUUAUCACGCACCAGAAAGCACCCACUGGGGAGAAGUCACAUGUGUGCAAUGAGUGUGGGCGAGCCUUUCUCUGGAAGUCAAACCUCAUUCAGCACCAGAAAAUACACACUGGGGAAAAGCCACACGUGUGCAAGGAGUGUGGACGAGCCUUCCUUUUGAAGUGGCAGCUUAUCACACACCAGAAAAGACACUCUGGGGAGAAGCCACACGUGUGCCAGGAGUGUGGGCGAGCCUUCCUUUUGAAGUGGCAGCUCACCAUGCACCAGAGGAGACACUCUGGCGAAAAAACAUACGUAUGCAUGGAGUGUGGGCAAGCCUUUUUUUGGAAGUCAAAUCUCACUCACCACCAGAAAAGACACACUGGGGAAAAGCCACACGUGUGCAAGGAGUGUGGGCGGGCCUUCCUUCUGAAGUCGCAGCUUACCAUGCACCAGAAAAGGCACUCUGGGGAAAAAACACACGUGUGUCAGCAGUGUGGGCGGGCCUUUUUUUGGAAGUCAAAUCUCACGCACCACCUCAAAAGACACACAGGGGAAAAGGCCUAUGUGUGCAGGGAGUGUGGGAAGGCCUUCCACUUUAAUUCAGAGCUGCUCAUGCACCAGAAAACACACACUGGGGAGAAACCACAUGUGUGCCAGCAGUGUGGGCGGGAAUUUCUUUUCAAGUCGCAGCUUACCAGGCACCAGAAAACACACACUGGGGAAAAGCCACACGUGUGCAAGGAGUGCGGGCGGGCCUUUCUUUGGAAGUUGCAGCUUAACAUACACAGGAAAAGACACUCUGGGGAAAAAUCACAUGUGUGCCAGGAGUGUGGGCGUGCCUUUAUGUUAAAGUGGCAGCUUACCCUACACCAGAAAAGGCACACUGGGGAAAAGCCAUAUGUGUGCGAGGAGUGUGGCCGAGGCUUCCUUUUGAAGUCACAUCUUAUCACCCACCAGACCACACACACUCUGCAAAGACCACAUGUGUGCCAGGAGUGUGGGUGUGCCUUCCUGUGGAAAUCACAACUUAACAUACACAAGAGAAAGCACUCUGGUGAAAAACCACAUGUGUGCCAAGAGUGUGGGCAAGCUUACAAAUGGAAGUCCUCACUCCUUGAACACCGGAGCACACACACUGGGGAGAAGCCACAUUUGUGCAAAGAGUGUGGGCAGGCUUUUAAGUGGAAGUCAAGUCUGUGGAAACACCAAAAAGCGCACACUGGGGAAAACCCACACGUGUGCAAUGAGUGUGGGCGAGCCUUUAAGUGGAAAUCAGGUCUCCGUACUCACCAGAAAACACACACGGGGAAAAAUCCACAUGUGUGCAAGGAGUGCGGGCUCACCUAUAAGUGGAAGUCAUCGCUCCUUGAACACCAGAGGAGACACUCUGGGGAAAACCCACAUGUGUGCAAGGACUGUGGGUGUGUCUUCACGUGGAAAUCAUGUCUCCGUAAACACCAGAAAACACACACUGGGGAAAAGCCACCUGUGUGCAAGUAGUGUGAACAAAUUUUAUUUGGAAGUUACAGCUCCUCACACAUCAGAGAAGGCUUGCGUUAAGUCAUUCUGUGUGAAAGGGGAGAGGGCGAACAUUUAGGCAGAAGUCAAACCUUUGUGACCACCAGAGGAUCCACUCUGGGGACACACCACGUGUGUGAAGCCAAAUGAUGUCAUUUACAUUAUUCGCAAGCUACCUCUUGUGGGCCACAGAUACCUCCUGUUUGUAUAGUUCUAGCCAGUCGUUUGUUAAAAAAUCACAAAGACUGGCUCAAAGAAUUCUAGAAAGUCAUUCAGUAUCUACCAGAUAGCACAUGUACCAUUUAGAAUGCACAAAGAAAAAACUUCCUGAAGAUAAUUCAAAAAUGCUAGUAGCAGUGUUUCCUAAUAUAUUGAGUUAGUCUAACAUUCUUAAGCACAGAGUAUGUGCACGUGAGCAAUACGUCUUAAAAUCACAUGUUUAAGGACCUUGGAGUUGCUUUUAAAUGAUAACCACCAUAUGGGCAAUAGAAAGAAACACCGCCCAGUCUUCCCAAAUCCUCACAGUUCUAUAUAUGAACCUAUUGCUGCAGCCACUGGGUGGUGUCCCUGCUGUAUAGCAUACAUGCUGCCCUCCACACUCUGGUAUUCCCUGACAGCAUGUCCUAAGUGCAUGAGAUGAAAUCUGCAUCUCUUGCCUCUGUUGAGGAUCCUGGCUGUACUUCUAAGACAGUCUGGCAAACCUGGGAACAGACCUUCUGUCCCAUAGUCCUUUCAAUUAAAUAGGCCACCAAAAAACCCCAGAAUACAUAGCAAGAGUUAUAUAAUCGGUUCUUUGAAGAGAACCUUUUCAUAGGAUUUCCCCUUAUCACCACCAGGUUAAGCAUGAAAGCUAAAGUGGUCAAUGCAAAUCUAAAUAGGAAUCAUGUAGGAAUUAGUACGUCACACUUCAUUGAGCCCUUGGGAAACAAGUGAAGCAUACAGCGAUAAAUGGAAAAACGACUACAAUAUCGAUAUUUCCAUGUGGUUGAUGGAAAUUUCCAUCAAUGCCAUCUUGUCCAUACGCCACAUCAAUAUAUUAAUGAGCAACUUCCAGAAAACCGAGCUGGACUCAGAACAAACACAGUGACGUUCACUAGAUUUUGGUCCAGUGUCCUUGUUGACUUUCUCUAGGUGUUCUAAUGCCGAAAGAGUUGUAUUAUUGAGAACUGCAAUUUUUUUAAUAAAGUAUUUUAUAGGA